UUUUCAGCACUAUGAAAGGAUCAAUCCCAUCAGACAACGACAAGAUAUUGGCAGUUCUAUUUGUUGAGUUUGACAACAACUAUGGAAUCAAGCUAUCCUAUCAAGUACCAGACAACUUUAUUGAUGAGACAACAUUCAAAAUCCUUGAAAACUAUUUUGUAACUAAGAGCAAGCAGCUGCAUGGAAAGCUCAUAGUGACUCAAACAUUUGAUUUUCAGACUAUCGGGAUACCUACUGAAAUACCUCAUUCUAACGCUGUCCAAAACGGACGAAAGGUCUCCAUUUUCAACAUUGUUCUCAUAACAAAAGUGGGUGCAAAUACUGAUCCUUAUGAAAAAAUUUUGAAAAAACUCAUCAGCUACUUUACUAUCUUUGAACAAGAAAAGCGAUUUUUAUCUUCAGAGGGUAAAAAUUCAAGAAUUCGAGACAUUAUAAACAAUAUUUUUCGUGGUAUCAAUGAUCAUGGGUAUUGCAGUGUAAAUGUAAUUGAUGAACUGAAUGUUAUAAAACUAUCUUAUGUUAAUAAGGACCACUGUGUAAACCCACCUCAAAUCAAAGACAGUGAUGUUCCCAUCAUAAUAUCAAACUUGGAGGAAUGUGUUGCUUGGGAUCUUACUUUAAGAGAAUUAUACCCUUUUCUGGAUAAUCAAAAACCAAUGAGAUUGUUGGCUGACUUAAGUCUACUUGAUAUCAUGCUGGUCAAGAAGUGCAUCCAGAGCCUCAUCUAUUAUAACCUUGCGUUUGUUGUCUCACCUAUAAGAUACUCAAACACAUAUUAUGUGACAAGCGCAAUCCAGUCUAUCAUGCAAAGUACUGCCCUGCAAGAGGAAUGCAUUGACUAUGUGAAAAUGGAUGAUCGAUAUCCCUGCCCAUCUUGGGAGGUAAUCUUUAAUCUUUACGAAACUUUUCAGUCAGGAAUAAAACUUAAACAGGUCUUUCUGUAUGAGAAGCCAUUUCUUAGGAAUAUAAAUGAAAGAAGAUUAGUUGAAUUUGGUCUGCUGAAAGGAAUUUUAAAAAGACUUCAUAGAUACCCUAUUGCUUGUGGGUCAGCUGAUGAAGAUGACUUUUUACCAGAAGUUCUUGAAUAUAUUCAGCAUGGAGUGUUGGAUGGUCAGCAUUCUUAUGAUGAUAUUUGUGUUAAAUUAGGUUGCAAAUUAGAUAAAGUUGAAAACGACCUUGACUUUUGCAAGAAUAUAACUAUUGUUCAGAAACUUGAUGUUUAGUUUUUAUUGUUUUACAUCAGAACAUGAUGUCUGCCAUUUUUUAAAAUAAAAACUUAUAAAAUAAUUAAUGUGAUCUAAUUAUUUUUGUGCUGUGAAAUCUACGUUUUUGUAAUUAUUUCAGAUUUUACUACUUUAUUAUUUAAUUCAAAUCACCCAACAGACGCAGAGAACUGCAUCUUUUAGACGAUUCCAUUUUAAUAUCUGCAAUUCAAAUAAAUGAACCAAUUUAUUAGAAAAUAGAAGCAGUAAACGACCGGGGGUAGGAUUUGGCCGGGAAUGUCCAAAUUUUGCCGGGGCCGGGAAUUGGCCGUUCUGGAAUUUGGCCGGGGCCGGGGCAGUGAAUUUAAUAAAUCCACGGCCAAGUUAGAACUUUUCAGGACUUAGGAUCUGAACUUAUUGAAAAGUUGGCACUCUAGACAUCAUCCUUUCAAAAUUGAAAAUCCAUUUUAAGAUUUAUAUGAAAGUUUUAGGCCGAUUUCGAUCAAAAAUUCCCGGCCAAAUUCCCGGCAAAAAUUGAAAAUCGGCCGGGGCCGGGGCCGGGAAGAAAUAGCUCCCCCGGUGCCGGGAUUUCACGGCGCCGGGAAUCACGGUCGAUUACUGAAUAGAAGUAUGUUUUACAUAAUGGCAUAUUUUAAGAUAUAAAAUCUUUUUUCCUUCCAUCU